AAAUAAAAUUAAAAAUAUGUUUAAAUUACACAGUUUACCAAACACUGAGCUGUCCGAUUAUUGUUUAAAUAUAUUAGAAAAACAUGGCAUUAUACGGGUGCGUGAAUUUAUACACGAAAAACCGGAAAAACUUAUGAAAAUAUUAAAUUUAAAUCUGGAGCAAGUUUUAAAGAUAAAAAAGGAAUUUCGUGCGCUCUAUGGCCCCAAACGCAUUAUUGUUGAACCUCCAGAACAAGAAACUCAAGAUGAAGAAGAAAAUUUAGUACACGAAAUACGUAUUUAUGAUCCCAAGAAGAAAGUUUAUGGCUCACAUAUUAAUGCUUUGGACAAUAUGCUGGCUCCCUGUCUACUACUUAAUAAUUGUUCUUUUUGGGAAAUCUGUGGUCCUACUGGUGUGGGCAAAACACAAUUGGCUUUGACUUUAAUAUUAAAUUUUGUCAUAAAUCAGGUGGCUCCAGCUUUGUACAUAGACACCAAAUUAGAUUUUUCCGCCAGUCGUAUAAAAGACAUGCUUAAGGCUCGAGAAAUCGAACCAGAACUCUAUGCCGGCAUUAUGUCUUAUAUCAAAGUGGAACGUGUGCUAUCCGCUCAAGGUGUUGUCGAAAUGCUGGCAGAAUUACAUAAACAAAUAGAGUUAGGAAAUUUAGAUGCAAGCGCUAUUAAGUUGAUAGUAAUAGAUUCUUUGCCGGCUGUUUGGUUUCUUCUCAAAGCCGAAAGCAAUCGUUUAGCCGGUAAAUGGCUGUUGUCCCGGCUAAGUCAAAACAUCAAUCGUUUAGUGCGUCAGCAUUAUAUAAGCGUAAUAUGUAUAAAUCUAUCUCUAUUGCCCUCCACUCCAGAAGAAAAUGAAACAAAACCCACUACUUCUCUCGCUGCCGCUCUCAAUGAUCAAGAUAUUUCCGAUAUUAUUGCUGCAGAUGAUAUGGAGUUGGUUAAUGAUAAAACAUCUUCGCUGUCUUCCUCUGACUAUCGUCCUGUUUUAGGCCUUUGUUGGUUAACUAAACCUCAUUUACGUUUAUCACUUGAAUUUCCCCCCUCCGACGAUGUUAGUUAUAAACUAGAUCCCUCUUUGCGUAUAAUUAAGUUAAUAAAAUCUACUUGGUCUCCCAGUGAUCUAAGCUGUUCAGUGAGCUUACAGCCGGAGGGUGUUAUCUAAAA